AUGAGUCUUCCACCGCUGGGCGGAGGCAGCGGGGCUCACACGCAGGCCUCUCUUCCUGCGUUGCCCGCUCACCUCCAAUCCGAUACUCAGCUUACUGCUCAUCUCGCGAGCCGGUUCCACGCUGGUCUCCCUACUGCCCGGCUAUCGUCUCAUGCUCUCAUCUCUCUCAACAACUAUUCUUCCUCGGCCAAGGGUUUCGAUGGCGGCCGUGAGGGCAGCGCCAUGGCCGGCACCGAAGAGAUAGCCGACCGUGCCUGGCUUAGGUUGGGACACCGUUCGGAGAACCAGGCUGUCGUAUUUCUUGGUGAAUCUGGUUCUGGCAAGUCAACUCUACGAUCCCACUUGUUGACGGCCCUGUUGAACAAGACCUCGACACCCUUGUCCACGAAACUCUCACUCGCCGCUUAUGUUUUCGAUACCCUCACCACCACCAAGACCGCGACCACCCCAACAGCAUCCAAGGCUGGUUUAUUCUACGAGCUUCAGUACGACACUGCCACAACCACCAACCCUAUUCUCCUCGGUGGUAAGCUUCUAGACCACCGUUUGGAGCGUAGCAGAAUCGCCGAUGUACCCACCGGCGAAAGGAACUUCCAUGUUCUUUACUACCUCCUUGCUGGAACCACAGCUGCCGAGAAGGCCCAUCUUGGAUUCGACAAUGCCUCCGGCAGCGGGCAAAAGAGAUGGAGGUAUCUCGGCCACCCCACUCAGCUCAAGGUUGGUAUCAACGACGCCGAGGGCUUCACCCUCUUCAAGAACGCCCUUCGCAAGUUGGAGUUCCCUCGUAGCGAAAUUGCCGAGAUGUGCCAAGUUCUUGCCAGUAUUCUCCAUAUUGGCCAGCUUGAGUUCGAGACGACCUCCGAUACUACCGUAACCGGCGACGACAGCGGUGGUUUCUCUCACGAGGGUGGCCAAACCAUCACCGCUGUCAAGAACAAGGACACCCUGAAUCUCGUUGCGGCUUUCCUUGGUGUCGGCUCGCAAGAUCUUCAGACGACGCUCGGUUACAAGACCAAGAUGAUCCAUAAGGAGAGGGUUACAGUCAUGUUGGAUCCCGAGGGUGCCCGUGCACAUGCUGGUGAGCUCGCGAGGACAUUGUACUCGCUCCUUGUCGCCUACGUGGUGGAGAGCAUGAACCAAAGGCUCUGUGCUCCCGAAGAGUCAAUCGCCAAUACCAUCUCUAUUAUCGAUUUCCCCGGGUUUUCCCAGCAGGCUUCGACAAAGUCUACUCUCGAUCAGCUGCUCAACAAUGCCGCUUGCGAGGCUCUUUACAACCUGACUCUGCAGAACUUCUUCGACCGCAAGGCUGAUAUGCUCGAGUCCGAGGAAGUGGCUGUCUCCGCCACCAGCUACUUUGACAACUCCGAUGCUGUUAGGGGCUUGCUCAAAUCCGGCAAUGGUCUGCUGAGCAUCUUGGAUGACCAAACCCGCCGGGGUCGUACCGACAUGCAGCUUCUCGAGUCUUUGAGGAAGCGCUUCGAGGGUAAGAACCCGUCCAUCGCUGUUAGUUCCGCCACCGCCAGGCUCCCCGGCAGCAAUUUCGCGACCGAGAACACUGCGGCUACAUUCACAAUCAAGCACUUCGCCGGCGAGGUUGACUAUCCCGUCAAGGGACUUAUCGAGGAAAACAGCGAGGUUAUCUCGGGUGAUCUUCUGGGCAUGUUCCAGCGUACCAAGAGCGAGUUCGUCGCCCGCCUCUUCGGCCAAGAGGCCCUCCAGACCGUCCACCACCCCAAGGAGCGGUCCACGGUCAUGCAGGCCACUAUCAGUUCCAAGCCUAUGCGUGCCCCUAGCGUCAUGUCGAGGAAGACCACCAAGGGCGGCCGACCGACCCGCUUCGAGCGCCGCCAGCAGCAAGAGGAGGUAGAGGCCCUGAGCGAGGCUGGCGAAUCGAGAAAGGGCUCCAAGCUCCUCUCGGCGCACGGCGCUUCUGGCCAGUUCCUCUCAUCGCUGGAAAACGUCACAAAGGCGGUUGCGGACCCCAGCACGAACGCUUACUUCGUUUUCUGUCUGAAGCCAAAUGACAAGCGGAUCACCAACCAAUUCGAUAGUAAGUGCGUGCGAACUCAAGUGCAAACAUUUGGUAUCGCCGAAAUCAGCCAACGCUUGCGGUCGGCCGACUUUAGCUUGUUCCUUCCAUUCGGCGAGUUCCUCGGCCUCGCCGACACCGAUACUAUGCUUAUCGGUACCGAGAGGGAGCGUGUCGAGCUCGUUGUUGAGGAGAAGCGGUGGCCGAGCAACGAGGUGAAGAUCGGUUCUACCGGUGUCUUCCUCAGCGAACGAUGCUGGAUGGAAAUUGCCCAGCUGGGCGACAACUACUCGGCUUCCGGUGGUGGCUUUGGCCUCUCCGAGGCUGGCGACGGCAUCACACCGCAAGACACGCCUUACGCAGCGUCCAAGGAACGCCUGCUAUCCACUGGUACCCCUACACCUAUGGGGUAUGGCGAGAAAGGCAAGAGCGGCUACUUUGGCGGAGACAUCGAUGCUCGCUCCGAGGCCGGCGUUUCUGCCUAUGGCGGCGGAGACAUGUUCAGGAAUAUGGACACAGUAGAGCAGAUGGCAGAGCGGACAAACGAGAAGGACAUGGUCGAGGUCGAGGAGUACCGCGACAGCCCGAGCCGCAAGCGCUGGAUGUUCCUCGUUUACUUGCUCACGUGGCCCGUUCCCGACUUCCUCAUCAGGUGGCUUGGCAAGAAACCUCGCAAGGACGUCCGUAUGGCCUGGAGGGAGAAGCUGGCCAUCAACCUGCUCAUCUGGUUCUUCUGUCUUCUAGCUGCCUUCUUCAUUGUCAUCUUCCCUUUGCUAAUUUGCCCCAAACAAUACGUCUAUAGCCCUGCCGAGCUUGCGUCCUAUGACGGAAAAAAGGGCUCCCAUGGCGCCUAUGUCUCGAUUCGUGGUUAUGUCUUUGACCUCGAGAAAUAUUCCUCGCGCCACUACCCACCACCUCCGAUCGUGAGCAAGAAGUCACUCAUGAAUUAUGCUGGCCUCGAUAUCAGCAACCUCUUCCCCAUUCAGGUCAACUCGCUUUGCCUGGGCAAGGACGGCUCCAUUGAUGACGCCGUAACCCUUGACUACAAGUCUACCAAUAUCACCGGCUCUCCUCUCCUCGUGAACAGCCAAGACUUGAACGCUCAGUACCACGACUUCCGGUCUUUCAGGAACGACACUCGACCGGAUUGGUACUACGAGCAAAUGACGAUGCUUCGAGGUGGCUUUAUGAAGGGUACCAUCGGCUACUCAGCUCAGUACGUCAAGACACUCUCUACGCUCGACAAUAACAAGAGGAACAUCGCCAUCAUCGGUAGCCGGGUUUAUGAUUUGACAGAGUAUCUGAAGGGUGGCCGUAAGCUUGUCGGAAAGCCCGGCGCCGAGGACACGCCCACGGACCUGAGCUUGACGGAAUUCAUGGAACCUGAUCUGGUUCGGCUGUUUGAGCUCAGAUCCGGCGAAGACCUCACGUCGCUCUGGGAGAACCUUCCUCUCAACGCCGCUGCUAAGAGACGAAUGAUGUCCUGCCUUAACAACUUGUUCUUCGUCGGCGACGUCGAUACCCGCCGCUCGCCCCGUUGUCUGUUCGCUGAAUACCUUGUUCUUGCUGUCUCUUGUCUUCUCGCUUCAAUCAUUGCUUUCAAGUUCUUCGCCGCCCUCCAGUUCGGUACCAAGAAUAUUCCCGAGAACAUCGACAAGUUCAUCAUGUGCCAGAUUCCGGCUUAUACUGAGGACGAGGAUUCCCUUCGCCGUGCCAUCGACUCGGCCGCUCGCAUGAAAUACGACGACAAGCGGAAGCUGCUUGUCAUCGUCUGCGACGGUAUGAUCGUGGGUCAAGGUAACGAUCGCCCGACACCUCGGAUCGUGCUUGAUAUUCUUGGCGUAUCCGAGUCAGUCGACCCCGAGCCGCUCAGCUUCGAGUCUCUCGGCGAGGGUCUCAAGCAGCACAACAUGGGCAAGGUCUACUCUGGUCUGUACGAGGUGCAAGGUCACAUUGUUCCCUUCUUGGUCAUCGUCAAGGUUGGCAAGCCUUCGGAGGUUGCGCGCCCUGGUAACCGUGGCAAGCGAGACUCCCAGAUGAUUGUCAUGCGAUUCCUCAACCGUGUCCACUACAACCUUGCCAUGAGCCCUCUAGAGCUCGAAAUGUACCACCAGAUCCGUAAUAUCAUCGGCGUCAACCCUACCUUCUAUGAAUUCAUGCUACAGAUCGAUGCCGACACGGUCGUCGCCGCAGACUCGGCCACCCGAAUGGUGUCAGCGUUCUUGCACGACACUCGUAUCAUUGCCGUCUGUGGUGAGACGGCGCUUACCAAUGCCAAGUCGUCAUUCAUCACCAUGAUUCAGGUCUACGAAUACUACAUCUCGCACAACCUGGCCAAGGCCUUUGAGAGCUUGUUCGGUUCGGUUACCUGUUUGCCAGGUUGUUUCUCCAUGUACCGCAUUCGUGCUGCUGAGACGGGCAAGCCUCUGUUCGUCAGUCGAGAGGUUGUCGACUCGUACGCGACAAUCCGCGUCGACACGCUCCACAUGAAGAAUCUGCUCCACUUGGGUGAGGAUCGUUACCUCACGACUCUUCUGCUCAAGUAUCACAGCAAGUACAAGACCAAGUACAUUUUUGACGCGCACGCAUGGACUAUCGCUCCCGACUCCUGGCAGGUGUUCUUGUCCCAGCGACGACGAUGGAUCAACUCGACGGUGCACAACCUUAUUGAACUUAUCCCCAUGAACCAGCUCUGCGGUUUCUGCUGUUUCUCUAUGCGCUUCGUCAUCUUUGUCGAUCUUCUCAGUACGGUUGUGCAGCCCGUCACGGUUGCGUACCUUGUCUACCUGGUCUACCUUAUCGUCGACAAGAAGACCGUAGUGCCCGUCACUGCCUUCGUGCUACUUGCUGCUGUCUACGGUUUGCAAGCCAUCAUCUUCAUCCUCAGGCGAAAGUGGGAGAUGAUUGGCUGGAUGCUUCUCUACGUGAUCGCCAUGCCCGUGUUCUCAUUUGGCCUUCCGCUCUACGCCUUUUGGCACAUGGACGACUUCAACUGGGGUAACACUCGUGUGGUCGCCGGCGAGAAGGGCAAGAAGGUCGUCAUCACGGACGAGGGCAAAUUCGACCCGGCUUCGAUCCCGCGCAAGAAGUGGGAGGAGUACCAGGCCGAGCUCUGGGAGGUCCAGACCUCUCGCGAGGACGCGCGGUCGGAGAUCUCGGGAUACAGCUACGCCACCAAGGCCAACCAGGCCUACUCAGAGUACGGAUACCCCAACUCGCGACCGGGCUCGACCGUCGGAGCCUACCCUCCGCACAUGCCCCUGCCGCUGUCGCGACUCUCGUACGCAGGCUCGGACGCCAUGGCCAACAGGCAGAGCACGUUUGGCGGCUCUCAGUUCUUCACGCCUGAAGACAUGGUGGGCCUCCCCAGCGAUGACGAGAUCUUAGCUGAGAUUCGCGAGAUUCUACGCACGGCCGAUCUCAUGACUGUGACGAAGAAGGGCGUCAAGCAGGAGCUUGAGAAGAGGUUUGGCGUUCCCUUGGACGCGAAGAAGGCGUACAUCAAUAGCGCUACGGAAGCUAUUCUCUCUGGUCAACUUUAA